AUGAGCCCUCCAUCAGAGAAAAUGAUUCCAUCCGAGACGGAUCAAGAGAGUGGUGAGUAUCCCACUCUGGUCGACUUCGAUGGACCAGAUGAUCCUCUCCUCCCGUUCAACUGGUCCAUUACGCGGAGAGUUUGGGUCACUUCAGUGGUGGCUAUACUGAAUCUCAUUGGAACGGUGGCCAGCAGCAUAUUCGAAACUGGCAAUGAGACAUUCAUGCAAGACUUCAACAUUAGCCAUGAAGUCGCUGUGCUGGGGACGAGUUUAUUCUUAGUAGGCUACAUAUUCGGCUUUCUCACCUUCGGCCCUCUCUCCGAGCGAUUCGGCCGCAAAUGGCCCAUGUUACUAGGAAUCACCCUCUCGUCGCUCUUCGACUUGAUGCCCGCCCUCGGGCACAACCUUCCCACCGUCCUGCUUGGUCGUUUCUUUGGCGGGCUAUUCGGCGUUGCGCCAGUCGCGAUAUUCGGCGGUGUGAUUAGCGACUGCUGGCCAAUGGCUCAUCGCGGGAUUGCCAUGGCAUUGGCAGUCUCACUCGUCUUCUCAGGACCUACGUUUGGUCCUGUUUUCGGAGGGUUCAUCAUGUCCUCUUCGACGCUCGACUGGAGAUGGAACAUGUGGGUAGUUAUCAUCGUGGGACUUGGGGCGUCGCUGCUCUGCGCAUUUGUCUAUCCGGAGACGUACGCACCAGUGAUUCUGCGCAAGAAGGGGCAGGCACUUAGGAGGAAGACAGGUAAUCUGGAUAUCAAGACCGCAGCAGAUAAGGAGGGGAUUAGUCUGCAGGAGAUUGCAAGGGCCUAUCUGAUUCGACCUUUUUGGCUCUUCACCACGCAACCCAUCCUCGCCCUCCUCACCCUCUACCAAUCCUUCAUCUACGGCGUUCUCUUCCUCUUCUACCAAACCUACCCCGUCGUAUUCGGUGAGGACCGUGGCUGGCCCACGGCCCUCAAAUACCUCCCUCUUCUGGCCAUCAUCUGCGGUGUCUUCGCUGGCGCUUUUGGCAUCAUCAUCCACAACCAAGUCUACUUUCGUCACCACUGCCACGCUCCCGACGGCGUCACCUUCAUCCCCGAAGCCCGUCUCCCGCCUAUGAUCGUCGGCGGCAUCUUGGUCCCCAUUGGGAUGUUCUGGUUUGCAGGCACCGCUACGCCGGCCACCAUCCCCUGGCCCAGUGCCAUCUGUGCAAGCUUCUUGAUCGGCGCCGGCAUGUAUUUGCUCUUCAUUCAGGGGUUUAACUACAUCGUGGAUAAUUAUACCAGUAUGGCGAAUAGUGCCAUGGGUGUUAACGGAUCCAUGAGGAGUAUCUUUGGGGCGGCGUUUCCUCUUUUUGCUAAUCAGAUGGUGGAUGGGCUGGGAGUGCAGAGGGCGACCAUCGUUUUGGCGGCGAUUUGUGUGGCUCUGGUGCCGGUGCCGGUUUGCUUUUGGUAUUGGGGGGAUAGGAUUAGGGCGUGGUCGUCUGCGAAGGUUCCUGAUAAUAUAUGA